AUGAAUGACGAUUACGACUGGGUUGAGGAAUACCAAAUUUUGGAAUAUAAAUUGGCAAAUGAGCCAUAUGAUUUGAGGAAAUUGAAUGUAGGCGGCACCAUUUUUCACACUACAAAAUACACGCUGAAAAAAUUCGGUGGAAGACUGAAAAGAAUUUUAGACUCUAAAACAAAGACAGCAACUGAUGAAAACGGAGACAUUUUCAUCGAUCGAUCGCCGAAACAUUUUGAAUCGAUUCUGAAUUAUAUGCGCGGUGGGAACAUUGAUCUUCCAGAUUCUCUGAAAGAAUUGAAGGAAAUUCGAGAAGAAGCACGUUACUAUGAAUUGACAAAUCUUUUAAAGUUGUGUGAUGAGCUCAUCGAUGAGAAGUUGGCGCCCGGAACUAGAGAUCACAGAAAUCUCAAAUUCAUCAAAAACGAUGAUGAGUAUUUGCAGAUUGUUACGGAACCAGUGAAGCCCGUCUUUGUCUUCCACUAUUCUCCAAUUGAACAUGGAAAAUUUACGUAUCCAUACAACUUGAAUAUUCAAGACUUCCUCGAGAAAUAUAAAAAUCAAUUCGACAUUUAUUUCAAAGCUCAAAAGGUCGAAAACAACGAGAAAGUAUUCUGGAAAUGGUCGAUUCAUCACUACAAUAAAUAUCUCGAAGGACAGGACGGAUACAAGUAUGGAGUGAAGGAGGAAAUCGAUAAUGACAUUGAGAAAUUCUUGAAAAAUGCGCCAUUCCCAUAA